AUGCGCCUCGCGUCUUCGCUCGGCCUGCGCCGCCUCGCAGCGGCCUCUCGUCAUCAGAAGGCACCCGCGCUCGCGCGCCGCGCUCAGAUGGCCACCGCUGCCGCUGCGCCCAAGGUGGCGCCUCUGGGUGACUGGGUAUCCCCGAUUAGCAGCGAGCUCAUCACCUCGCGCACCCUCGGCCUGGGGUCCCCCACCGUGCUGCCGGACGGGACCAUCACCUGGGCAGAGAUGCGGCCCUCUGAGGGCGGCCGCACGGUCAUCGUCGCCAGGCUGCCGGACGGCUCCGCAGCGGACGUGACGCCGCCGCCUGACAGCGGGCUCAACGUGCGGACGCGGGUGCACGAGUAUGGAGGGGGGGAGCACCUGGUCCUGGCGGACGGCCGCCUGGUGUUUUCCAACUUUGC